AUGUCGAAUUUUGCAUCAAAUUUGGGAGAGAAACUGAAAAAAGUCAAUUAUUUUUUGAAAGGAUUAAUUUGUGAGCAAGAUGUUGAUUAUUCGAGAUUUGAAACAAAGUGAGUUCAUUCUUUAAAUUUAGAAUGUAUUUUUGAAAAUAUUUAAUUCAGAUUGGAUGGUUCAGAUGUUGUAACAUUUCGCGAAAAUGAUAAAGCAUUUCGAUUAUUUCGAACAAAUGUUCAUGUAAAAAUUGGUGCAUAUAUAGCUUGUGUAAUUGGUUUCUGUGUUACAAUUGCAUUCUGUGUUACUUAUUCACUUUAUCAUUCACGUGGAAUGGGACGAAAUCCAUUUAUUGAUCAUCUCGAAGUUAUUGAUCUUAUAUUCGCAUUUUUAGUUGGUUUACCUUGUCAUAUUUUAUUAUUCUACGGGUUGUGGACCGAUAAGAAAUUGUUGUUCAGUCCAUUUUUGGUAUUCUAUGUCACUAAUUUUAUUUUGAAUUGUGUGUUUACUGUAUUGACAUUAUUUGCAUUUGCUUUUGAUAUUCAUCGUCAAGUUUUCGGAAAUAUUGUUUUCGAUUUAGGAUGGACAACAUUCCAGGUAACUUAAUUUGGUUAGAAUUUCCCUAAAAAGGUUUUUUUUCAGAUUGGAUUCACAGCUGCUCAAUUUCUUGCCAUUUAUGUUGUAAUGAGAGCUCGACGAUAUGUGGCAGCUAAAGAAUUCUGGCAGAACAAAUCUAACGAGGUACAAAAAUUCAAAAAAUCUUUUCCCUCACAUUUUGCAACGUUUUGUUUUUGCAGAGAAUGAGCCCAGUCGACUUGGAAGGCUAA